GGCAGGUGGCGCGGCUGCAGGGCUGAGUGGCAGCCUGGCUGCUUCCUCUCCUCUGGACGGGAGGACCUCUGCUGAAGGCGGGGGUCAUCUGGGGCAAGAGAAGUGGGCGAUCGUGCUGAGGCUGCCCCCAGUUUGCCACCCGCAGGAAUUCUUCACGUUGAAACUAAUUGCACUUUCCAGUUGACCAGCAUUCAUAGGAAUGAAGACGAACUCAGAGAUGGUGUGUCUAAGAAACUUCAAAAGGUGUAGACCUCCUGACUGAGGCAAAGUUGAUACAUUUGAUUCAUUUUUUUCUAUCAUAUUCUGUACUCAUACAAACGAAAGUCAUGAUUACACUAACAGAGCUAAAAUGUUUAGCAGAUGCCCAGUCAUCUUAUCACAUCUUAAAACCAUGGUGGGAUGUCUUCUGGUAUUACAUCACCCUCAUCAUGCUGUUGGUGGCUGUGCUGGCGGGAGCUCUCCAGCUUACGCAGAGCAGGGUUCUGUGCUGUCUUCCAUGCAAAGUGGAAUUCGACAAUCACUGUGCUGUGCCUUGGGACAUCUUAAAAGCCAGCAUGAACACAACCUCUAAUUCUGGGACCCCACUUCCGCUCCCCCUCCGAAUCCAGAAUGACCUCCACCGGCAGCAGUACUCCUACAUUGAUGCUGUCUGUUAUGAGAAGCAGCUCCACUGGUUUGCAAAAUUCUUCCCCUAUCUGGUGCUCUUGCACACUCUUAUCUUCGCAGCCUGCAGCAACUUCUGGCUUCACUACCCCAGUACCAGUUCCAGGCUGGAGCAUUUUGUGGCCAUCCUUCACAAGUGCUUCGAUUCUCCAUGGACCACCCGGGCCCUGUCAGAAACAGUGGCCGAGCAGUCAGUGAGGCCCCUGAAACUCUCCAAAUCCAAGACUUUGCUUUCAACCUCAGGGUGUUCAGCUGAUAAUGAUUCCAGCAAGCAGUCAUUGCCCUACCCACAGCCGGGCCUGGAGUCAGCUGGCAUAGAAAGCCCAACUUCCAGUGUCCUGGACAAGAAGGAGGGUGAACAGGCCAAAGCCAUCUUUGAAAAAGUGAAAAGAUUCCGAAUGCAUGUGGAGCAGAAGGACAUAAUUUAUCGGGUAUAUCUGAAGCAGAUUAUAGUCAAAGUCAUUUUGUUUGUCUUCAUUAUAACUUAUGUUCCAUAUUUUUUAACCUACAUCACUCUUGAAAUUGACUGUUCAGUUGAUGUGCAGGCUUUUACAGGAUAUAAGCGCUACCAGUGUGUCUACUCCUUGGCAGAAAUAUUUAAGGUCUUGGCUUCAUUUUAUGUCAUUUUGGUAAUACUUUAUGGUCUCACCUCCUCCUACAGCUUGUGGUGGAUGCUGAGGAGUUCCCUGAAGCAAUAUUCCUUUGAAGCACUAAGAGAAAAAAGCAACUACAGUGAUAUCCCAGAUGUCAAGAAUGAUUUUGCAUUCAUCCUUCAUCUAGCUGAUCAGUAUGAUCCUCUUUAUUCCAAACGCUUCUCCAUAUUCCUGUCAGAGGUCAGCGAGAACAAACUGAAACAGAUCAACCUCAACAAUGAAUGGACAGUUGAGAAACUGAAAAGUAAGCUUGUGAAAAACUCCCAGGACAAGAUAGAGCUGCAUCUUUUUAUGCUCAGUGGUCUUCCUGACAAUGUCUUUGAGUUGACAGAAAUGGAAGUGCUAAGCCUGGAACUUAUCCCAGAGGUUAAGCUGCCCUCUGCAGUCUCGCAGCUGAUCAAUCUCAAGGAGCUUCAUGUGUACCACUCGUCCCUAGUGGUAGACCAUCCUGCACUGGCCUUCCUAGAGGAGAAUUUAAAAAUUCUCCGCCUGAAAUUCACUGAAAUGGGAAAAAUCCCGCGUUGGGUAUUUCACCUGAAAAAUCUCAAGGAACUUUAUCUGUCAGGCUGUGUUCUCCCUGAGCAGUUGAGUACCAUGCAGUUAGAGGCCUUUCAGGACUUGAAAAACCUGAGGACCCUCUACCUGAAGAGCAGCCUGUCCAGGAUCCCCCAAAUUGUCACAGACCUCUUACCUUCCCUGCAGAAACUGUCCCUUGACAAUGAGGGCAGCAAACUGGUUGUGUUGAACAACUUGAAAAAGAUGGUCAAUCUGAAAAGCCUAGAACUGAUCAGCUGUGACCUGGAACGAAUUCCACACUCCAUUUUCAGCCUGAACAAUUUGCAUGAGUUAGAUCUAAAGGAAAAUAACCUGAAAACUGUGGAAGAGAUCAUUAGCUUUCAGCAUCUGCAGAACCUUUCCUGCUUAAAGUUGUGGCACAAUAACAUUGCUUAUAUUCCUGCCCAGAUUGGCGCAUUAUCUAACCUAGAGCAACUCUUUUUGGAUCAUAAUAAUAUUGAGAAUCUACCCUUGCAGCUUUUUCUAUGCACCAAACUACACUAUUUGGAUCUAAGCUAUAACCACCUGACCUUCAUUCCAGAAGAAAUCCAGUAUCUGAAUAAUUUACAGUACUUCGCCCUGACCAACAACAAUAUCGAGACACUACCAGAUGGGCUGUUUCAGUGCAAGAAGCUGCAGUGUUUGCUUUUGGGGAGAAAUAGCCUGACUGAGCUGUCCCCUCACGUGGGUGAGCUGUCAAACCUCACUCAUCUGGAGCUCACUGGGAAUUACCUGGAAACAUUGCCUCCGGAGCUGGAAGGGUGUCAGGCUCUGAAACGCAGCUGUCUGCUUGUGGAGGACAGUUUGCUCAGUACGCUUCCUCUCCCUGUGACUGAACGUUUGCAGACAUGCUUAGAUAAGUGUUGACCUAAGAUCAGAGGCCCAUGUCUCAAGAGUAUUUUUUAAUUAUGUCCCAGGGCUUUAAAGGAGAAGUAAUUUCUUACACUAUAAAACUGAGAAAUGGGUGAUGAUGAUUAUCCACCAAAUAUCUUACUCUAAAGCAACUCAGUGUCUAUUUCAAAGUUGAAUAGGUAAAAGUGUUAACACAACUGGAAUCUUGUAACUGAUCUUUAAUUUAUUGAGAUAUUAUAAGAAGUAUACAUUGAAGGUGGACUGAGAGGCAUGAAAUUAUUAAAUCUUUACUAUAAGUUUCUUUUGUUCUUUCCUAGUCUCUCUUAUUUGCACACUUGCUUUUCCUGACCUCCUGUUUGAUAUUUAUCACCAAGAUCACAACUCAUCAGUGUAAAUCUCCUUGAUGUAUGCUCGCUACUCUCUGUGAUUUAUGUUCUUACAUGUUUUUAGGCAGGGUGUAUUAUGCCUGGCAGAAUUCCUUUUGGCUUAAUUUUUACUUCCCUUCCUGACUUGCUUGAGUCUUUCUUAAUCUGAUUUUCAUUGAACAGCAAUGAGGAGCCCUGAGAAAGUGCCUACCUUUGGCCUUUGCUUGGACAGGGUAACUAAGAUUAGUCAUUUUGGGGGCAUUCCAAAAAUCAGUGUAUUCUCAAAAAUUUAUUCUUGUCUAUUAUCAUCAAAACCUUUUUAUUUAAGAAUUUUUAUAUGAAAUAUAAAACAAAUAUUUUCUACUUUGUGCUCUUGGAUUCUACAUUUGUGAAAAUAAUUUUUGUAAGGUACAGAGAACAUACACAUUUCUUCAAAAAGUCAUGAUACUUGGUUUGGUCUGUUUAUGAUUCUCUUGUUUUUGUGCAUUCUGCACCAAAAUGUUUUUGUACUCUGCAACAUAUUACUUUUAGAUAACAAAAGGCUUAUGAUUCGUGCCCUAAAAUAUUUGGGGGGUUCCUUUUGAGAGAAUGGCUGCAUCAACUCCCUCUUCUUCCUGCUGCUAUGCAGUCGUAUGGGUACAAUUUUUUUUUGGAUGAGACAGGGUCUCACUAUGUAGUUCAGACUGGCCUUGAACUCACUGCGCAUAGCCGGGCUUCUGAGACUCAUAGGGAUCCUUCGCCUCAACCUCCCAAGUGCUGACAUUUCAAGCGUGCACCACCACGCCCAGCCUACAAUUUGUAAUUACUUACAAAACCUGUGAUAGAAGAGGGACAAAUUUUGAUUUUAGAAUUAAUUUUAAAAUACUUUUUGUAGAAAGUUAGUGUUAAAGCAAAAUGCAUUUUUUGCUCCAUCUGCAUGAUCUCAAGAUAUAAAACACUCAGUGUCUAUUCAGUAGCUAAGAUGAGCUUUCAGAGCUCACACAGAAAUGAAUCCAUUGAGCUGAAAUUCAUCUCAUGCCUUUAACUCUCAUGGACUGCAUUUCGCUUCUCUUCAUAAAGAGCUUUGUGUUUGGCCUUUCAUUAUCAUACACAUUGUUAAAUGAAUAAAACUGACACACUUUUGGGAAAUGUGCAUUUUAAGUGUUUUUUUCUAAUGGGUCUAGGCCUUAUGAUGCCACCUCAUUUUGGAUAUAACUGAAGUAAUCUAUUAACUGCACCUGCACAAAACUGGAAAACAUUAUGGGUAAAGAGCACUUGAACGUGGAACUGUGGUGUGUGGUAAAUGUUUUCUCUUGCUUUGUUCCGGGAAGAUGAAAGCAAGCGUUUAGAGCAGUGAUAGUGAACCUAUGGCAUGUGUGCUGCAGCUGGCUGUAAUCGCCGAAAGCUCUAACAGGUUCGCCAUCUCUGGAGAGUAGGGGAGAUGUUGCUUCUCUCACCUGGCACACAUGCCUGGACUGAAGUCAGAGAAAAGUCAUUCACAUCAAAUGAAAUUUGAGUAUUAGCUACAAAGAAUAUAGAACACCGGAAGUUGCCUGACACGUUAUUGUGUAACUGAAUGGGACAGAAUGGUAUAAAGAUUUGCUUCUUAACAAAACUUGCCUUUAAUCAGAACAUUUACAUUCUCAGGGAUCCAGGCAUAACUGAUGUAGCUCUCUUUCAGGACUUCACAAAAUAGAUUCUGACUCUAUCCAGGGUUUUGUUAUUCUCAUUUUCUAAAGUGUGAGUUGAUCUUAAAGUGUGAGUGCUUCUUACAGUAGGGCCGUUGUGUGUACUGAUUGCAGUGUCAGAUAGGAUUCUCUUAAGUUUUGGACAUAAGUGUGAAACAUGGAGAGAUGUUUAAAUGAUUUUGGCCACAUAAAUAUGUAUGAGAAACCCUACCUUCUUUUACAGGAAGAAUUUUCAAAACAAAACUCAGAUUUGCUACCAUUCCCCAAACUAGAACUUCUCCAUGGCUAAGCACUGGUUCUGUUCAAGUGCAGAUAAAUCUGAUUAUCCAUGAAAAUUCCUGGAACAAUUUGCUAGUAAGAUGAAUAAUGAAUAUGUAAGCUGCUUCUCACACACUUGGGUGCAAACUUUGUUGCUCUUGAUGCCACAGCUUUUCAGUGUCUUUGUUAUUUAAAUCUUACACACAGGUGUUUAUGUAGGUUUGGACAACACAGCACUGAUACAAUGAAUAGAGAUACUACUGUCUGAUGUAUGAAAAUGUGUCAGUACUGCAUUUACUACACUGUUGGAGCAGAUCUUUAUUUUAUGUGUUCAUAUUCACUUAAAAAUAAUUUUACUUUAAGAAAAAAGUUUGCUAAAUUAUAAUCAUGAGACUUUCACUGGCGUUUGAUUUCCAAGAAUGUAUUUUCCAAAAACUAAAUGUAGAAGAUUAAAAAUAAAGUUUAUGGCAUAUACAGGCAGUGGCAUUGGUUCAUUUCAUUUGCACACAGACACACACAUAUUCCAUGUAUGAAAACUGUAACAUGUUUUCUAUAUUUAGUAAUUUUCCAAAAUUGCAGGUGGUCUUAGGCUAAUAUUAAGGAUACCAAUCUUUAUAAAUUUAUUACUUUAUAAUCAUGGAAUAUUCUAUCCUAUUAUAAGAAAUCAAAUACUAAAACUUAGUUUGAGAACAUGAGUGUUAUUGAGCAUUCCUGGAAAGCUGUAGCAUUCUUUACCUAACCUACAUCAGGGUAUGUCUGUGUGGAACAGAGCUACUGUAUUUUCAUUUUUCACCUUCAGUCCUAACUUUUUCCCGUGCAUGUCACCACAGUUCACUAUCACUUAACAUUCAUGUUAUGUAAAGAGGGUAAAUGAGCUCUUCGGCAUCUCAGUGUUGUGGCAGAGCUCUGAUAGGUGUGCUGUGGCGUGCAACAGUGAGUUAUGUGCAUAACCUUAUCAGUCCUUAGUGAAAUACUUGCUUUUCAAGUGUUUCACCAUUCCAGUUUUAUAUGUUUGAUUAAAACAUUGCAUAGUGUUGAUGGGUUCAUUAAAAUUUAUUCUGUGGAUUUGACAGUAUUUGCUUGUGUUUUUCAAUGAAAUUCUUUCCUCUAUGUUCUCAGCACUGUCUUAUGUACAUAAGGUAUUUUAUUUUCCUUCUACACUCACAUCCUUAAAUUUGGUCAAUGCUUGUAUAGUAACAAUGUAUUUGUGCUGGAAGAUUUGCAGUGACACCUGGAUGUAUUUAUUUAUUUGAGGAAGCUAGGCCUAUAAUUAUGCCUGACUAGUUAGUUCUACUUUAUCCAUCCCUUCAAUAUUUUGAACUGAUCCUGUGCUCCUUCAUUUCCGAUCCUGUGCUCCUUCAUUUCCACCAAAAGCGUAAGAAUACAGCUGUAGGUCCAGUUUGUUUUCAUUAACUGUGCAUUGCAUCAAAGUCUUUCUUUCUGGAAACAGAGAGUGGUGGGAGGGCAAAGGAGUUCUUUUGCAUCCUGAUGUGUAUUCUGAAGAUAUGUAUGUGAAAA